AUGUGUUUUAUAUUUGGUGUUGAGAUGAGUAACCUAGCAAAGAGGCCAAUGAGCCUGAGGAAGCUACCACAGCUUCUUUUGCUCAUCAUGAUUGGUAUUGCAUUUGUUGCGGUUGAGUGCAUUGGAGCUCCUGUUAAACUUCCCCGACGCGUGGAUACUGUUGCCGGUCAAUUUGGCGUGGAAGGCGAAACUAAUGGAUAUCCAAAUACUACGAGACUUACAGAACCCUACGCAUUGUGUCGAGGGAGGACAAACGAUGAAAUUUUAGUGGGGAGUUCCAACAGCUUCCGCAACUACUCUCGCAAAACAAAAGAAACUGGUACAUAUUUGAGAUACAAUGUAGGUGAUAGCGUGAUUUCAGGGUCCUCUACUAUAAACAAACCUCGUAGUUGUGUCCGUCGCGGCUCUGGUAAUCACACAAUCAUUUACUUUGUUGACGACCAGAAAGAUAUUAAAUAUAUUGUAGGGGAUGAUGUUUCGUCUUUCAGUGUGCCCACAAGCGGUUCCUUGAAUGCUGUAGCUGUACAUGAAGGCACUUUAUACGUAACAGACCAGAAUAACAAAUCGGUGUGGAAGUGUGGUUUAGGCGGCGCCGGCAAGCCUCAAAGUUGUGAAGAGAAAAAAUUUACGAGCGUGACACUCGACGCAAAACCGGAAGGAAUUGCCGUGACUUCUAAAGGAAUUUUUGUUACCGCACGCGAUUCAUCUAACAAGGGAGCUUUGUUGUGGCUGGAUAUGAGCGGUGGUAACAGAAAGGGAAAUGUAAGUGGUGGUUUUGUUGAUGUAUUCAGCACUGAGUCAGGUGUGUUAUAUGCAGCCACGGAGAAGGAAUUGUACACCGUCACUGCCACCGACACUUCACUCAGUGUAACAUCAUUUGCAGGGAAGAAUACGAGCCAGUGUUACUUCCCUACCAAUGGAGAAGAUAUUGUAUUAUGUGACAACUCACGACUGCUCGUCAUUGAAGAAUAUGAGAUGUAUGUGACUUCGAAGGCCAAGCACACUAUGCGUGCCUUAACUCUCCCUCCAGUCAACUUAACCGCCAUCUUCCGUGGGCGACCAGCACCUGUAGGUUACCCCAACACAACAAUUAUGGAGCAGUUUGUGGCAAGUCUUACGGAGGAUGUAAAUAAAGCACUCGGUACCAAUGAUAGCUAUGUGGACCCCGAUUCUGUGAGGGUGGAUCCCGAUACAUGGGAAACGAAUUUCACUGUUUUUGUUCAGCAAACGCGUUUUGACAAUACGACGGAGGAGAAAUUACGGAGUCUGACAUACACACAAACGGAUAAGACUGUUGACGAGUAUUACGGUCUUACUGAUGAGUAUGUGUACAUUGAUACCGUCCUUGUGCCAUUCUGUGACGAUGCAAGCCUUGUCACUAUCCAGCGUGCGUUGGCGCGUGAAGCUGGACGUGCACUGAAUUUCUCUUUGGUAUACGCUGACAAGCCCAUAACCUUUGGUAGUGACGUUGCGGAGAAUGUCACUGCAGUAAAGCUUUUGAUGCCUCAUUCAUUCAAGAACGCAACGACACCUAAGCAGCUAUCGGCUGCGAACCUCACUGACUUUGCGCACAACUUGGUCAAGGACUUGCGUGCUUCAGACACUCGUGUCGAUAUCACAUUCCCCGAUCCCCCGUUUAAUUUUUCAGCUGUUGUCCCUGAACGUGAGCAGGAAGUACGUUGGUUUGUCCAUGGGAAAGUAAUGAAGCAGCUUGAGAUUUGUGAGAGACUUGGUAGCCAGGGCGAUGCGGCCGUUAUUGCAGCUGCAGCUGAUGCGACUGCUCGAGGUAAGGCCAAUGUCACAUUGAAUACCAGCGGAGUCAAGGCAAAUGAUACAGGGGUUGGUCCCAACACCACAAAUACCGCUGGUGGGGCCAAUACUACUGCUAAUGUUGCCGCUAAUGGCACUGCCAAUGUUAUUGUGAAUCCCUCCACCAAUGCUACUCCAACUGGAACCACCAAUGCUAGUGUCACUAAUACUACCGAGAGAGCUGUUCCUGUUGUUGCCCCUACUCAACCUUCUAAUGGAUAUGCGGAGUGUCGAUCCGCUAUAACCAACCGCACGGAAACACAGAACAUGGAACCACCUUACGACAGGAAACACCGAUAUGAGGUAUUCCUACCUAAAAAGUAUGACUUCAAUGUGUCAUGGUGCGUGGACAUCAUUGACUGGCGUGACUUGGACGAGAUGUUGAAUAACCGCACAGAUGAGGUGGUGGAAAAGUCCCUUUCAUGGUGCGGCCACGGUUGCAUUAUUGCGUUUGCGGUGGUAGGUUCCCUGAUUGCUGCGUGUCUAGUGGUGCUGGCUGUGGUGUUGACAUCGAAGAGGAGGCGUCUUGCUGCUGUGGUUGCUCCACCGCGCCCAAAGUUUGUAUCAACAGUGGAAGAUGAUGAUGAAGAUCGUGUAUCAAACAUCGGUGUGCCACUGACCGAUGGGAAGGGAACCACCGCACCGUAA